GCAGCAAUCCGUCGGUGCUUAGCAUUUUUUUUUGGCAAAAAGUGCUGUUUGAUGGCGAAAUCUGUAAAUUAGUGAUUUUGGAAGAGAAUGUUUGUCCAACAUUCUCGCAUGUUUCGCCUGUCGGAUUAUUUAAACCAAUUGUGUGAAUAAAUUCUAAAAGACACAAACAAUUUAAUUGCAUAAUGCAGAAAGUAUGAAAUCAACCAGUAAAAUGUGUUUAUAGUUGCUAUGAGACUGAACAAAAUAAGAUUCCCUCAACAAUGCAAUCGGUACUCAGUUCAUAUACAGAGACGCACCCUGCUUGGCUGUACUCUGAAGGAUAGCCAACCUUCUACCUUGCUGUCGUCGCGCCGAUGUUGACAGGUCAUCAUAACAUAGUACACCCGAGUGGACAUCCCAGCAAGCGGUCCGUUUAUUAUAUCAUCACUGUAACAAGCACGAUAGGUAGCAGUGGACUAAACGUCAUCGUUAAACCAAUGGAAACAAAGGCUUGCUGCGAUAUUUCCAGUGUGCGGGUAGCAGAAAAUCGUACAAAAUUUAAUGUUACGGGAAAAAACCCGCGCACAUUGUGGGAGUUUUAGGGGGCGGCGCGUCCCGCUGGUUGAACUCGCAUUAGUGAGAAGGAGUGUUAAUGAUGAUGAUGCUCCCAGGAGUGACAUCUGAGCGGUGCGUUCACGCCACACACCCGAAUCGAAGUUGGCACUGGCACAUGCUUGCGACAAUUAUCUAGAUUAGCAUAAAAGCGGAUACCGUGAAUUCGAGUUGGUUUCAGUUCGAGUGAUAACGUCGUCAACAGUGGACCUUGGUGGAUAAAAUGCUGUACCAAAGUGACUCCCGUUCGGUGAGCAACUUCGAAUUGAAGGCUAUCAAUGCACUGGACGAUCGGAGGCUCUAUCGUGGCUUGAAGUCUCUAUUUCUGGAGUACUGCUCGAACAGUAGCAUUCACGGGAUAAAGUAUUUCGCUUGCAAGCGGCGAACGGUUUUUGAAAAAAUCUGGUGGAUCGCAGUUUUUUUUCUCUCCCUGUACGGCUGUGGACGGUUGAUUCAGAAUAUCUACCACAAGUGGGACCAAACGCCGGUGAUUGUCAGCUUCAACGAGAAGAGCACUCCCAUUUGGCAGAUUCCGUUCCCGGCGGUUACGAUUUGUCCGGAAACGAAGGCUUUAGCGAAAUAUUUAAAUAUAACCACUUCCUACUACAUGCUGACGAAUACCACCGAAGAGGAUAUGGACGAGCUGAUUUUUAAUCGACUGCGCGCUGUUGCACAGGUGUGUGACGCUCACAUUUUCCAGGACAAACCCUUGAAUCAGACCUUCGAUCGUGAUUGUGUCGACUGGCUGCGGAAUGUUUCGGUGUCGGCCAGUGAUAUGCUUAUGAUGUGUAGUUGGCGCAAUAAUGUAAGCGCCUGUGAUAACUUUUUCACCGAAACGCUAACCGAAGAAGGCGUUUGCUAUACCUUCAACUCACUUGGAGCGGAUGAUCUGCUGCGGCAGGAGGUACUGCAUGAGGAUUACACCUAUGUCACAGCAAACAAAUCUUCCCCGCAGUGGACGCUAGAAACUGGUUAUAAGGAUGAUGCCGACAUCGACACUUACCCUUUAAGAGUGCUCGGAGCUGGGGCACGAGGAGGGUUGAACAUUUUGCUGUCACUGUACGAGUACGAUUUGGAUUUUCUUUGUAGGGGUCCUGUUCAGGGUUUCAAAGUCCUGUUGCAUUCGAGCAGUGAAUACCCACAGGUAUCUAAGCAGUACUUUCGCGUUCCACUGCACCAAGAGGUUAUUAUUUCGAUAAAGCCCCAAAUUAUAACCACUUCCGACGGUUUACGUCAUUACGCUCCGCAUCGCCGCCAGUGUUACUUUAAUCACGAGCGUCGGCUGAAAUACUUUCAGGUGUACACGCAACAGAACUGCAAGCUGGAGUGCAUCACCAACUACACACUAAACCUGUGUAAGUGUGUCAAGUUCUCGAUGCCGCGCGACUCCCAAACAGAGGUUUGUGGAGCGAGCCAGAUUGAGUGCUACAACGACGCAGAGGAUAGGCUGACAGCCGAGGAGGUACGCUAUAGCGUCGGCAAGCGUAACAAUCAACCGAGCAAGUGUGACUGUUUGCCGGCUUGUACCUCGGUGCAGUACGACGCGGAAAUUUCGCAGGCCGACUUCGAUUGGAAGAAUCUGUUUCGCUCGUUCAAACAGCCAAUAAAUGAAUAUCCUGGAAUUCAGUUGGCCCGGUUGAAAAUUUACUUCAAGGAGGCACAAUUUAUAACCUCCAAACGGAGUGAGCUUUACGGUGUGACGGAUUUUCUCGCCAACUGUGGUGGCCUGCUGGGACUGUUCAUGGGAGUUAGCCUGCUCAGCCUAGCCGAGAUAAUCUACUUCUGCUCGAUUCGUCCCUUCACGAUACUGCGCAUGAAUCGCAUCAAGCACAGCCAUCAGCCGAAUGUUCUACCCUUCGCUCCGCCGGUGUUUGAAAUCGAAAAACCAAAGGAUAACUAAGCACACCAAAUC